GGGAAUUAUAAGGAGAAAUUUCAAUAUUAUAAUCAAAAUUUGAGUCAUAUGACAUAUUAUCAAAUUAGAAUUAAAUAUACUCAAAGGAAUGACUAUAUUAAAAAAUUGCAAUGUAGAAGGAUCCAUUGCUAGAGAAAAGAGGAGCUUUAGAUGCAUUAAAUAACGCAGAAUUCGGAUGGUUCCACAUAAAAGCUUGUUUGGUUUCUGGAAUUGGAUUUUUCACAGAUGCUUAUGAUUUAUUCAUAAUACAAUUAGCAGUAAUAAUGAUAGGGAUGGUUUAUUACCAUGAUGAAGUAAGAGAUGGAGACACAGUAAUAAAAAAGGCUGAUAAGUUAUAUCCUGUUUCUGAAACUCUAUUGAAGUAAUCUGCCUUGGUUGGUACUUUGAUUGGAUAGUUAUUAUUUGGUUAUUUAGCAGACCUAUUAGGAAGGAAGAAAAUGUAUGGAACUGAAUUGGUGAUUAUAGUGUUCACAACAAUUACUUCUGCAUUUGCAUCAAACACAGCCUCCCCUAAUGGAUUGAGUGUUGUUGGAAUGCUAAUCAUUUGGAGGUUUUUCUUAGGCGUAGGCAUUGGAGGAGACUACCCACUAUCUGCAAUUAUAACAUCUGAAUUUGCAAACACUAAAAACAGAGGAGCUAUGAUUGCAGCUGUGUUUGCAAUGUAAGGCUUUGGAAUUUUGACAGGGAGCAUAGUUGCCUUAAUAGUGUUAUUAUCAUUUAGCAAUAGGUUGAAUAAUGAUGAUCCAUUAAAUUAUCUCUAGAUUGAUCAUAUUUGGAGGAUUAUAGUAGGAUUUGGAGCCAUUCCAGGUUUGGUGGCAAUAUAUUUUCGUAUGACUAUUCCUGAAACUCCAAGGUUUACCAUGGAGAUUAAAGGAGAUGUAGAAAAAGGAGCAAGAAAUAUUUAAUAGGUUUUGUAGAAGGGUGAUACAUUGUACGCUGAUUCAUAAUCAGAUGAAAGGAAAUAGAAAGAAUAGAAACCCACAUUUAGAGAGUUAAAAUAUUAUCUCACCAAAUGGGAUCAUGGCAAAGUGCUAUUAGGUACUGCUAUGGCUUGGUUUGCUUUGGAUGUUGGGUUUUAUGGGAUAAAUUUAAACUAAUCGACUAUUCUACAUUAAAUAGGAUUUGGAAAGGGAUCCAAUCUAAGUUAAUAUGAGAUUUUGAAGUAGGCAAUUUAUGGAAAUUUGAUUACUUCAGCUUUAGGAACAGUUCCUGGAUAUUGGUUGACAGUUCUUUUUGUUGAUAAAUGGGGGAGAAAGAAUAUUUAAAUAAUGGGAUUUGUGGCAUUAACAAUUUUAUUUUUAGUAAUGGGUUUAUGCAAAAAUAUUCUGGGUCAAUUUAUAUUUAUUACUCUUUAUACAUUGGCAAAUCUUUUCAACAAUUUUGGUCCAAAUGCUACUACUUUCAUUAUACCAGGAGAGGUUUUUCCAACUAGAUAUCGUUCUACUUGUCAUGGAAUAUCAGCUGCUGCUGGGAAAUUGGGUGCAAUAGUAUCUUAAGUUUGGUUUUUGGGAUUAGGAGCGGACAAUUUCAAAGCAAUUAUGUUGACAUUUUCAACUUUCAUGCUGAUUGGUUUUGGAUUUACAUUUCUGAUUCCAGAAACAAAAGGAAAGAGUUUGGAAGAGAUUUGUUAAGGAUAGGAAUAAAGUAUUGAAAUGUGUAUAUAUUUGUCCAACAAUAGUUAAAUUAGAUCAGGUUGA